AAAUAUCUUUUCCAGUGGUGUGAAACCAACCAACCAAAUUUCCCUUCCCCCUCGAGCAGCCGCGCUUUUACAGCUUCAUCAACUUCUUCAAUCUUUGAUCAACCCUGAAAACGAAGGUCGAUUCACAGAGAAUUAAUGGAGGUUUCAGCACUGUGUAAUUCACACACAGUGAGCUCCGCCACCAGCAUUGCUCUGUUAACUAACCACCGCAAAUGGGAGUUCUCAUUCAACAAACAAACGCCGUCGUUUCGUUCCCGCAGCUCCUUCUUCAUCAUCAAAAACGUAGCCAGUAAGAAACAGACCCAGAAACAACAACAACAAGAACAAGGGGGUGCAUUGGAUGCACUGAAGCCAGACUCUGCAUCGAUUGCGUCGAGUAUAAAGUACCACGCGGAGUUCACUCCAUCGUUCUCUCCCGAGCUUUUCGAGCUUCCGAAAGCGUACUACGCCACCGCCCAAAGCGUUCGCGACGUGCUCGUUGCGAACUGGAACACCACGUACGAUCACUACGAAAAGGUCGACGUAAAGCAGGCCUACUAUCUAUCCAUGGAAUUUCUCCAGGGUAGAGCAUUGUUGAACGCGAUCGGUAAUUUGGAGCUCAAAGGGCCUUACGCGGAGGCGCUCAAGAAGUUGGGACACGAUUUAGAAGAUGUAGCUAAACAGGAACCGGAUGCAGCGCUCGGUAAUGGUGGAUUAGGGCGGCUUGCUUCUUGCUUUCUCGACUCAAUGGCUACACUUAAUUACCCAGCUUGGGGUUAUGGACUUAGAUACAGAUAUGGUUUAUUUAAGCAGCUUAUUACCAAAGAUGGUCAAGAAGAAGUUGCUGAAAAUUGGCUCGAGAUGGGAAAUCCGUGGGAAAUAAUACGAAACGAUAUUUCCUAUCCCAUUAAAUUCUACGGAGAAGUCGUCGAAAGUAGUUCCGGUAACGGAAAGAAAGAAUGGAUUGGAGGAGAAAACAUAGUUGCUGUUGCCUAUGAUGUUCCGAUACCAGGUUACAAAACCAAAACCACCAUCAACUUGAGGCUGUGGUCAACAAAAGUCAACUCAGAAGUUUUCGACUUGCGUGCUUUUAAUAACGGAGAUCAUCCAAAAGCGUACGAGGCCAUGAAAAGGGCCGAAAAGAUUUGCUAUAUUUUAUACCCAGGCGACGAGUCGUACGAAGGGAAAACACUUCGACUGAAGCAACAAUACACACUAUGCUCAGCUUCUUUACAGGAUAUUGUAUCGAGAUUUGAGAGGAGAUGUGGCGAAUUGGUAAAUUGGGAGAAUUUUCCGGAAAAAGUUGCUGUGCAAAUGAACGAUACUCACCCGACUCUGUGUAUACCUGAGUUGAUUAGAAUAUUAGUGGAUGUGAAGGGGUUGAGUUGGAACGAAGCAUGGGCUAUCACUCAAAGAACUGUGGCGUACACUAACCAUACGGUUCUUCCUGAGGCUUUGGAGAAAUGGAGUUUGGAUCUUCUUCAAGAACUUCUUCCUCGACAUGUUGAGAUUAUAAGACUGAUUGACGAAGAGCUUGUGAGUACAAUUGUCGAAGAGUAUGGUACAGAGGAUCUGGAUUUGCUGAAGGAAAAGCUGAACGAAAUGCGGAUUUUGGACAAUAUCGAACUACCUUGUGCUGUCUUAGAUUUACUUGUUAAGUCACACGAAAUCCCUGUCGAGAAUUCUGUCCAAACAGAAGAAGAAGAUUCCGAAUCUGAUGAAGUGGCACAAGUCAGUGGCAAAGAAGAAGAAGAGAAAUCUACCGACGAAGAUAAGGAAAUUGAAGUUCCAAAGGUGAGCCCCAUUGAUAUAGUCAAGUCAGCGUUUGAACCCGAUCCAAAACAACCUAUAAUAAAGCGCAUCCACGAGUACAAGAGACAGCUGUUGAAUAUACUGGGAAUCGUUUAUCGAUACAAGAAGAUGAAGGAAAUGAGCGCUGAGGAGAGAAAAUCUAAAUUUGUUCCGAGAGUUUGCAUAUUCGGAGGGAAAGCAUUUGCUACUUACGUACAAGCUAAGAGGAUCGUGAAAUUUAUUACCGAUGUGGGGGCCACGGUAAAUCAUGAUCCUGAGAUAGGUGACCUUCUCAAGGUCAUCUUCGUACCGGAUUACAAUGUAAGUGUUGCCGAAGUUCUUAUUCCUGCCACUGAGCUGUCUCAACAUAUCAGCACGGCCGGAAUGGAGGCAAGUGGAACAAGCAAUAUGAAAUUUGCAAUGAAAUGGGGAGGCUUACUUUUUAGGAAACAUUAGACGGGUGCCAAUGUUGAAAAUAGGGAAGAAGUUGGAGAAGACAACUUCUUUCUCUUCGGUGCUCGUGCGGACGAAAUUGCCGGCCUUCGUAAAGAAAGAGCUGAGGGAAAGUUUGUGGCGGAUCCUAGAUUCGAAGAGGUGAAAGAGUUCGUUAAAAGCGGUGUAUUCGGACCCUACAACUACGACGAAAUGAUGGGCUCUUUAGAAGGAAAUGAAGGCUAUGGCCGAGCGGAUUAUUUCCUAGUUGGCAAAGAUUUUCCGAGUUAUCUCGAUUGUCAAGAAAAAGUUGACCAGGCUUAUAGAGAUCAAAAGAAUUGGACCAAGAUGUCGAUAUUGAACACGGCUGGUUCGUCAAAGUUUAGUAGUGACCGUACGAUCCAUCAGUAUGCGAGAGAAAUAUGGUCGAUCGAGCCCGUCUUGUUACCAUGAAAUAGAAAAACAAUUUAGAAACACACUUUUUAAAGUUACAAUCGAUCUCCACAAAGAUUGCUUAAUUAAGCCAAUUUUUUUUAGUACGAUUAUUGAUGUGGCUAAUAUAGCUAUAGAGUUCUUUCCUUGAGUGUAUUUUCGUGUUCGUUCUUUCGUUGCAAAUUUGUACGACUAUAUAUAGUGAAGUAUACUUGACCACGGUUCAUUUAUGUAACAACUACAAAUCCGCGGCUGUCGCAAAUUA